AUGGAGCAAGGCAUCCACUUGAUGAAAGUCAAUGGUGCACUGAUGCGGGACUGCCAGCAGGACCUUUUACCCACACGUCUCCGAGUCCGUGCACGCCUGGCCAGAGCAAGGGCCGGUGCUGAAGGUGGCAGAAGGGCAAGACCCCUGUUGGACCAGGCAACGCUGCAAAAUCUUCAAAAGGCCAUUAAAAGAAACCCAUCAACCAUGGGCUCGCGAUUGAUCAACGGCCUGGAGAAAGUUCUAAGUGCCAACGGAGUGAAAGCGCGGCGUGUGACCUUGAUGAAGACCAACAACUUCAAGGAUGGACUGCGUGAGCUUGUCUGCGAGGUUGACAUACCAGACACUGUGUCACCAUGUGGCCUGCAAAGAGCCUUGCAAGCUUCCUUCGAGAACGCCCACUCUGAAGCAGCGGGGUUUCUGCACGCACUGCGGCUGGCGUGUGCGCAAGUGAGUACACUUGAAGUGGAAGUGAGGCCUUCAAAAGAACGGUUGGUCAACAAUCUUCGCAUGACGAUCCCCAACAUUGGCAUCAAUGCCCGAAGGGGAGCGGCUGUCAUGGAGGCUGCGCUGAAAUGUUCAGCCAUCUACAAGCCUGUGUUGGAUGAGUCGGCGGACCUGUCCGAAGUGUUGUCCAGGCCAAGCAAAUGUGUCUCCGGUGGACAGCUGGUACCUGUUACGCAUGAGACUCUCCGUGAUCCUCCAUGGCAGGGUGUGCAAAAGCUGUCUGGUUUGUUGGCUAUGUCUGGUGCAGCACAUCAACAGCUGAAGGAAAGAUUGGCACCUGGUAGCAGCUGGGCCAAAGGCGUUUUUGGUGAUCAGGUUCCUCGAACGCAUCAAAGUCGGAGUUGGAGAGGAACGUCGCUGAUUGGCGGAAGCCUCUAUGAUCCAGGCGUCAAGAAAAGGGAAAGGCUCUCAGAAGAGGUGAUCCUGGCACAGCGCAUCUAUGAGCAGCAGGACACAGCAGCUCAUGAUUUGGUGGCAUCCAGGCUUCAUGCCCACUUUACAUCUUUAAGUGACUUGCGCGAUGCAUGGGACAUCUUAGAAACGUCCUUUGAAGUGAUUUGGGUGAACAACAGGUUCCGUGAGCCUGAUGCCUUUGGAUAUCCAUGUGUCCAGAUUGCUGUGAAACAGCAGGUCCAGGAUCCUAGGCACUGCAGCAAGGAGUGUGUCCUUGCUCACAUCAGCAAGAUUACCUUGCACUACGAGCCUCUCUUUCAGGUCAAGAUCAGUGUGACCGCUGAGGAUCUCCAUGAGGAGCUCCAGGAGGCCUUAGCGAAGUGUGGCAUCGACGGCAGCAGCUUCGACUUGGCGGAGGCUGUGGUGGCCAAUGUCUUGGAUUGCACACGGAUUCAGAUGCAAAGGAGCGCAGUGGAAGAAGUUGAGCGCGUGUUGGCAUUCCUGGAGAGGUAUGCUCUGCAAAUUGGUGAGAAGGAGCGAGACACAGUCAAGGCCUUGCUUUGGGAUUCUGUAGCACAAGCAGAAGCCAUGGGUUGUGCUCGAUCCAAUCUGCUGAAAAUUCUUGAGAGAUACACAAGCCACUUCGUGAAGGCAACUCUGGGCAUCCAGCUAGUUGAGGACAGGGCCCGUGGCGUGGGUCCAACGAGGAAGGUCCUCUCUAAAGAGAAAUUCCGAAGUUCUUAUGGCAGGACCAAAACGGUCAACUGA